CCAAUAAGCCCACACCAAUUAAGGUCCUUGUAUCACGGGUUAUAGCUAGCUAGCCAUGGCUUCCAACAACCUCUCUGCAGCUAUUUUGGUACUCUCCCUCCUCCUCUUCUCGACAUUCUCCAGUGCUUGUGGUCCAUGCCGGGCCAAGGCUCCUCCAGCGAACCCCUUUUGCCCCAGGGACACACUCAAGUUCGGGGUAUGCGCCGACCUUCUCGGAGGGCUGGUGAGCCUUGUUGCCGGAAGCCCACCUUCCAGCAAGUGCUGCGCUUUGCUUGAAGGCUUGGCGGACUUGGAAGCUGCAGCGUGCCUUUGCACUGCCAUUAAGGCCAGUGUGCUUGGCAUCAACGUGAAAGUGCCGGUUGCCAUUAGUUUGCUUAUUAGUGCGUGUGGGAAGUCCAUUCCUCCGGGCUUCAAAUGUGAAUAGGAAGCUCCCGUCGCCUGCAUUUGAUCUUUAAAUUAUUAGGGUCUGCUGCAAAUUUGUGCUGUUGUCUGUUGUUAACGGUGAUUUGUAUGGAUUUUCCUUUCCUUUCCUUUCCUUUUCCUUUGCUUUUUCUUCUGUUUUACGAAGAAGAAGACAACAAAGGGAUGUGAUGUGAGGUUAUUUAUUCCAAGAGUCAUGUGGGUUACGUCCAAAUUAUUAGCUAGGGCAUGGGGCUUGAUGUAAGUUGUUGUUUAAUUAUUAUAUCAUGAUUCAACUUUAUGUUGAAGGAACAAUAAUGCUGCCAACUUUGACAAA